AUGCCAACACAACAAACUCCAAAUACUAUAGACGAUCUGUUACAAUACAUUUCAUCUACUGCAGAACUUGAUAAUUUUGAUACAAUUAGUAAACAAUUAGCUCCAACUUUAAAAGAAAUCCAACCACAAGUUUUUACGCAAUCUACUUCAGAUGAUAAAGAUCCUCUUGAGCUUUUGGAUCCAAGUACUUCCAAUCCAAAUCCCACACGUUUAGUACAAAAUCUCAUUCAAUUCUUGUCUGUAUUUGAUUCCAGACAAGUUCAUUUGGUGCCAGAUAAAUUUCUCCAGGUUGUUCAAGGACUUACUAGAUUAGCAACAGCAUACCAAAAAAAUUUUAUAACGAUUAAACCGAUCGCAAAUGCACUUUUAAGAUAUGCGCCAAGUCCUAAACAUUUGACAAAUGUUCAUCAAGUUUUUAUCAAGGAAUGUUUGCUUUCAAAAUGUUAUAAACAAGCUCUUCAAAUUUUAGAUACAGAUAUUACAGAGAUAGAAUUAGUGGGAACUGGUAUAACUUAUCAAGAUCAUUUGCUUUAUCAUUAUUAUGGUGCAAUGGUGUAUAUAGGUUUAAAGAAAUACGAACCUUCUAUAGUUUUUCGUUCAAUUAAAAACCAAUGUCAACCAUAUCAAGAUUAUGCAUCAGCAUUUGAAGCUUUGAGUGUGAAAAAAUUGCGUAUUGAAUUCAAUAAAUCCAUAGAAGUUUUUAAAAAAGAUAAUAAUUUUGGGUUGGCCAAACAAACAUUAGAUGCAAUUUAUAGUCGCAAUAUUCAACAAUUAACACAAACAUAUUUAACAUUAUCUUUAACUGAUAUUGCUGAUACUGUUGGUUUGGAAGGUCCAAAUGCACAUAAAAUUGCCGAAGAUCGUUACAAUACUUCAAAUACAAUCAGUAAGCUUGAACAACAAAUAGACAAAGCUACCAGUGUCAGUGAACGCGUUAUUAAGACAGAUAAAAUUAUUGGUUGUAGCAAGGAAUAUCUCUCAAAGAGCCAAAGUUUACAUGGAAGUGGUAUAAUGUCUGGUGGUCCUGGCGAUGAUCCAGAAUUUUUGGUUGGAGGUGGAUUCGAUAGUUUUGAUGAUGGGAAGUACAUGGGAUAA